UCUAUAGUACUACCUAAGUAUGAUGUAGCAUUAUUAUCUAUGGGGGGAGGGGUUAAAUGAAUAUUUUUACACAAUUUAUAUUGGGUUUUAAAUAUAAAAAUGAUAACUAGAAGUACGACAUAAUGUUAAAGAUAAUGUAUUUAGUUGGAAAAUUAGGGCAGCAACUAUCACAGAAAUAAUAUUUUUUUUCCUAGGAAGCAAUAAAAUAUGUUUCCUGUCCCCUCCCCUGUUAAAGUUACUAAGCGCGAACCGCUGGCUGGUUUUACUUGAGCAGGCAAGAUGGCGGACAGAAAAGACAGUGAAGUGAACUAUAUUUAGUGUUUAAAAAAUCUACAUAUCAUGGAGAUUGGACCUUCUUUGCCUCCGCAUUUGUUAAAGAAGGGAAAACAUGCUUUAACGGAAUCUGAAGAUACCGUCGAAAUAGGCCCAAGUCUUCCUCAACAUUUAUUAAAUAAAAAACAAAAAUGUGAACCAAGUUGUGAAGAAGAAAAACGAGAGGACAAAAAAGAACAAGACAACGACGUUUAUGGACCAGCCUUACCUCCCCAUUUAUCGAAUAACAAAAGAAAUGUACCAAUUGGUCCUGCUCUUCCACCGGGGAUGACAAAGGCUGCAACUUUAGAAGUAGAUGAUGUUAAACACAGUGCACAUGACAAGAUUGAUGAUGAUGAUGAUAAUGAUGAUGAUGAUGAUAAUGAUGAUGAUGAUGACGACAUAGGACCUGUCAUUGGACCAUUGCCCUCCACCUCUACUUCAAACUCAUAUGUACAAACAAUUGAAAGAGACAUUGAAGCAAGAUCAAAAUCUAUGAAAGACAAGCUACAAGGCAAGAAUGUGGUUAAACAAAAAAGAGAAGAAUGGAUGACAGAACUUCCACAAGGAAUGGCAAAGAACUUUGGUCUUGGCCCCAGAACAUUUAGACGACAGGCAGUAGACCUUGGUGAUCAAUCAGUCUGGACAGACACCCCUGCCGAUAAGGCCAAAAAACUGGCUGGAAAAAACAGUAAGAGCUCAGCAAAUGAGACUUUGUAUAAGACGCCAUGGGAAGAAGAAAAAGAAAAGCACAUGGAACAGAUUGUAAAAGAAUACAAUAAAACAAAUAGAGAAGAAUCACUCCUAGAGAAGCACCAGAAAAAGAUGAAAAAACAAAAGCAAGAAGAGGGGAUGAAGCCCAAUGAGAGAAGACCUUUUGAUCGUGACAAGGACCUUGCGAAUCCAAUGAUGGAUCCAUCAAAAAGAAAAUCAUUGAUAAAUAAAUCACAGGAACUAGGAUCACGGUUCCAACGUUCCAAGUCUGGCUCCAGUUAUCUUUAAUUUCUUGUAAAAUAAUUUCUUCUACAAAAACAUAAUGUCAAUGAUAUUCGUUUGUCUCUCAUUUAAUAAUUGUACUGCACGUUUUUUUAAUGCUAUGACUAUCAAUGACUACAUGUUUCUUGGCACUAAAUUGCGACUAUUAGUUAAUA